AUGCCAGGUCGCAGACCCUACCGUCAAGUCAUCGACGGUGUGCCGAGGUGCCCCCUGGUCGUUCCAGCAGUAUUUCGUAAAAGCCUCUCUUUCUGCGCUGCCAAGGGUGACGUCGUGGAGUGCACGUAUCCCAAAAGUGGGUCCCAUUGGGUUGAGUACAUAACGCAGUUAAUCAUCAACGGUGGAAAGCCGAUCGGCUCUUGCGAUGAGUUCACCCGCAACUUCCGGAUAAUCGGGUAUGUGGAUACUGAUGGCUGGGAGUCGCCUCUACCCGUGCGACUGUUCAUGACGCACCAUCCACUCAGCCCAGAGACGAUGAACCAGGAGGCCAAGUACAUCUACAUCGCUCGAAACCCAUGGGAUGUCUGCGUCUCGCAGUUUCGCAUGUCCACAGAUCUCAGCAGCUACAAGUUCGAGGACGGCACAUUCGAAGAGUUCUUCGAACCCUUCAUCGAGGGAGACUUGGGCUUUGGGAGCUACUUUGAUCAUGUGGCGUCAGCGUACGCGAUGAGGGACCAACCGAACUUGUUCUUCGUCACUUACGAAGAGCUAAAGAAAGAUACUAGAGGCACAGUUUUGAGAUUGGCUAGCUUUCUCGGCGACAAAUACGAGAGGGCUCUGCUGGAAAACUCGCAAAUGCUACAAAAUAUCGUUCAGUGGUCCGAACCAGAACACACAAGGAAAGUCAUCGUGUUUAAUCUCAGAGAAAACGAGACACCUGAAUGGAACGAUUUCAUUGUUAAGCUUAAUACGACGAGCAAGGAAGGCUACAGUGGAGACAAAACAAAGUAUGCGUUGGUAAAAGAAGCCAAAGUCGGAAGCUGGAAAGAAUACUUCACGCCUGACUUGCUUGCCCGUUUGGAGAAGAAAAUACGGGAAGAAGAGUACAAGGCACCUUUUAUGGAGGUUUGGGAAGACAUUCGAAAGGAAGCGAUCAUGUUAUACCGUGGAUCUUCGGAGUACCAGGACUUCUCCGUAGCUUAG